AUGUCCCACGUACCCCGCACCAUGGACAGAGCACAAGCUGUUAACCGUCCUGAUUCCAACAUUCUUGCCCCAACCAACUUCUAUUCUCCUCAUCCAUUACGUUUCAAUGCUUUGGCCUCUUCUUUCCAUGGCGAAAAGCCCAUCGAACCUGUUCAGGGCCAAACAUCCAACACGUCCAACGACAUACUCGAGUGGAACGGGGAAUAUGGCCCCCCAGCCGGCGAGUAUGGCCUGUCGAGCCCCACGAAUACGGCGCCCUCCACCAAGGGAGAUAACGUCAACGAACGUCCGCCCGACGCGAACCGAAUGAAAAAGGGACAGAACAAUCAUGAGUGGAGGUUCGGAUUGGAUGGUGACCUCCUUGCCGGCAUAGGUCACAUGCACCAGACACUAGACUUGGACACGGUCAGCAUCAUCGAGCCUGAGGAUGCUGAAUCGGACCUCUAUCUGAUUCGGCCUGUCGAGGUAGUCAAAGGUGGUUUUCGUCAAGAGUGUGACCGCGUGCUACCACAACUCUACGGUCGCGGGAAAGACCAGGAGGACGAGCUCCAUAGGAUUCGCCAUCUCGGUCUCACUGAAGCAGCAAACUGUUCGGAAUCACUACCCACGUUGACCGACGAGGCCUCAACCAUUUGUUCGGAACUCUCAGACGAGUCGACUUAUCUCCACGGACCAUGUACGCUAAAUGCACCUCCAAUAGACAGCGCUCGUCGGCGCCUACGAAACAGUCCCCCGAAAGACGCAACUUUUACGACACACGAUGAAUCUAUUCCACCGAGAGAUGCAGUCGCAUUCAAGGAUGGGCCAAAGCAACGACUUAGCAAGAUUCCGCCUGAUCCACAAGUUUGCAAGACCGACCAUGAAACGGAUAUGCAAACUGUGAACGCGACUGCGGCGUCACGAAAGUCCUCCGGUGGUCUGGCAUCCGGGCUCAGGCACAGGCCGAAAGGAAAACAAAGAGCCAAACGCCGCCGUAGCGAAGACAAUUCUGACGACGAAGAAAAGCACGGCGAAGAUCCUAUGCCGAAGAAACCAAAAAACGACAUCGCGAGGAUCUUGGCUUGUCCGUACUUUAGGUAUGACCCGGUCAAACACGUCGACUGCCUCUUCAAGUACACCUUGACAACAACAAGCUACGUCAAGCAGCAUCUCCAUCGUUAUCAUGCCUGCCCGGACUUCUACUGCCCAACUUGUGGGGCCGCAUUUGAGACUCAACUCGAGGGCGAUAGUCACAUCCGGGCCCGAUUAUGCCUGGAAAAUGGAUUCCGGGGCUUCCCAGAUUGCCUUUCGGCAGACCAGGUCGUUCAACUGCAAAGCAAAGACGGCCGACGACUUCCUGAAGCCGAGCGGUGGCACAAUAUCUGGAAGAUAUGCUUUCCCCAAGAGAGCGCAAAUCGUCCGUCACCGUACAUUGACGACCUGCGGAUCGUUGAACUCUACAACUCUGUUCAGGCCGUCUUACCUGCUGAAUUCUGGCGACCUAGGGCCAUUACCCGAAUGCGGCAGACUGGUUUGGUUCUCAAUGAAGAGCACUUCGAUCAAGUGGUCGACAUCUUCCAAGAGGAGCGUCUUGCGGCGCUGAUCGCCUUUGCCAAUCGUCUCAAUGAUGUUGCCGAAGCUUCCAUGCAGAACACAAACCCCGCCGGGAACCGAGCCAUGGCCGCUGAUGACUCCGGAGGAGAAAGAGUAUUGCAUGACCACUCUGGUCUCGUAGCUCCUAUUCCACUUGUCCCGACUAUGAUCAUUUCUCAACCUAAGCCGGACUGGAGUAUGGAUUUUUCUGGGACGGAUCACCCCCAUGUUGCAUCUGCAUCAAAUGACAGCGUUUCUCUCUUCACCUUAUCUGUUUCGUCGGGAUCGGGCUCGUAUGUUGACGUUUCUUCUAUUGACGAGUCGAGUCAUUUUGAUGAUUCCUUCCCGCCGCAUGCACCUAGUGGCUAUGAUGACGCCGGGAACUCCUGUCAGGAAUUCGGAUCGCUGCCUAGCCAUGGUGACUGCGGCGCGGCAUGA